CACGACCACGUUCCGCAAAUCAAGAACUAUUUUCCCCAGGCUCGAAUCGUACGCGUGCCAAAUGCCGGUCAUUGGGUGCACGUGGACGCGCCGCAUACCGUGUUGGAUUUGAUCACCGCUUUUAUCAAGGGCCCCGCAGAACAACUUUCAUUGGAUGGUGUUGAGGAAUUCAGUUAA